CCCGCUGCGAAGGCUUGUACCCGGCGCUUGGUGCGGGUGUACAUUCCCUUCCUCGUUUCGCAACGAAAACGGAUAGACAAAAAUAUCCCCGUCGAUAUAGAGAUAUAUAUAUAUAGAUAGAUUCAGAGAAACACCUCCAGUGCGUGGUCUCUGUGUGUGAGAGAUAGAGUGAGAGAGCACACACCGACCUCCGUUUCUAGAGAGAGAGAGAGAGAGGGUUAUCAGUUAUCACAUUCUCGACGUAGCAGAGCGCCACCUCUGCGAGCGAGAUAUCGCGAGGAAAAUUAUAAAAAAAAACCCUAAUUACUGAAUCGCCGCGACUCAGUGCGAUGGAUGCCGAGUCGACUCAGCUCCAGCAGGCGCAGCUGAUGGCGGUUCUGGGGCCGGACCCGGCGCCGUUCGAAACCCUAAUCUCCCAUUUGAUGUCAUCCGCCAACGAGCAGCGGUCGCAGGCCGAGUCGAUCUUCAAUUUGCUGAAGCAGAACGAUCCGAACUCGCUCGCGCUGAAGCUCGCUCACCUGCUCUCCGCCUCCGUCCACCUCGAGUCGCGCGCCAUGGCGGCCAUCCUCCUGCGGAAGCAGUUGACCCGGGACGAGGCGUUCAUCUGGCCGCACCUCACCGAGUCGACCCGCUCCGCCGUGAAGAACAUCCUUCUCUCCGCAAUCCAGAGCGAGGAAUCGAAAUCCAUCAUUAAGAAGCUCUGCGACACCGUGUCGGAGCUCGCCUCCUCGCUCAUCCCGGACAACCAGUGGCCGGAGAUUCUGCCGUUUAUGUUCCAAUGCGUGACUGCCACCUCGCCCAAGCUGCAGGAAUCGGCGUUCCUGAUGUUCUCCCAAUUGGCUCAAUUCAUCGGGGAAACGCUGAUUCCGUAUAUCACUGAUUUGCACACGGUGUUCCUCAACGUGCUGAAUAAUUCCCCCAAUCCGGAUGUGAAGAUUGCUGCUCUGAGCGCGGUUAUCAAUUUCAUCCAGUGCUUGUCGAGCUCGAAUGAUCGGGAUAGGUUCCAGGAUUUGCUUCCGGCGAUGAUGAGGACGUUGACUGAGGCUCUCAACUCGGGGCAGGAAGCCACCGCGCAGGAGGCUUUGGAGCUGCUGAUAGAAUUGGCUGGGACGGAGCCGCGGUUUCUGCGCCGGCAGAUUGUCGACGUGGUGGGGUCGAUGCUGCAGAUAGCCGAGGCGGAGAGCUUGGAGGAAGGGACGCGGCAUUUGGCCAUUGAAUUCGUGAUUACGCUCGCGGAAGCACGGGAGAGAGCGCCUGGUAUGAUGCGGAAGCUGCCCCAAUUCAUUAGCAGGCUGUUUGCUAUCUUGAUGAAGAUGCUUACAGACGUGGAGGAUGAUCCGGCGUGGCACAGUGCAGAGACUAAGGAUGAGGAUGCCGGCGAGACAAGUAAUUACAGCGUUGGGCAGGAGUGUUUGGAUAGGCUUGCAAUCUCUCUUGGUGGGAAUACUAUUGUUCCCGUGGCGUCUGAUCAGUUGCCGGCUUAUCUAUCUGCUCCUGAGUGGCAGAAGCAUCAUGCGGCCCUCAUUGCGCUUGCGCAGAUUGCUGAGGGUUGUUCCAAGGUAAUGAUUAAGAAUUUGGAGCAAGUAGUAAACAUGGUCUUGAUUUCUUUUCAACAUCCUCAUCCUCGUGUGAGGUGGGCCGCCAUAAAUGCAAUUGGCCAGCUGUCAACUGAUUUGGGUCCAGACUUGCAAGUUCAGUACCAUCAACGAGUGCUGCCAGCACUAGCUGCAUCCAUGGACGAUUUCCAAAAUCCUCGAGUACAGGCACAUGCAGCCUCAGCUGUUCUCAACUUCAGUGAAAACUGCACUCCAGAAAUUUUGACACCUUACCUGGAUGGGAUAGUGCACAAGCUGCUCGUAUUGCUGCAGAAUUCCAAACAAAUGGUGCAGGAGGGUGCCUUAACUGCAUUGGCUUCAGUUGCAGAUUCGUCUCAGGAACUGUUCAAGAAAUAUUAUGAAGCGGUCAUGCCUUACCUGAAAACUAUAUUGAUCAAUGCAACAGACAAGUCUAACCGCAUGCUUCGUGCCAAAGCAAUGGAGUGCAUCAGUUUGGUUGGGAUGGCUGUUGGAAAGGAUAUAUUCAAGGAGGAUGCUAAGAAGGUCAUGGAUGUGCUUAUGUCAUUGCAAGGAUCACAAAUGGAGACAGAUGAUCCCACUACUAGUUACAUGUUACAAGCAUGGGCCAGACUUUGCAAGUGCUUGGGACAGGACUUCUUACCUUACAUGAGCGUAGUCAUGCCUCCUUUGCUUCAAUCUGCCCAGCUAAAGCCUGAUGUGACCAUCACAUCUGCUGAUUCCGACGAUGAAAUUGAUGAUUCUGAUGAUGAAAGCAUGGAAACCAUCACCCUCGGUGAUAAAAGAAUAGGAAUUAAAACCAGUGUCCUCGAAGAGAAGGCCACUGCUUGUAAUAUGCUGUGUUGCUAUGCUGAUGAGUUAAAGGAAGGUUUCUACCCAUGGAUUGAUCAGGUUGCGCCAAUUUUGGUUCCCCUUUUGAAAUUUUAUUUCCACGAAGAAGUCAGGAAAGCUGCUGUUUCAGCAAUGCCGGAGCUAUUGCGAUCUGCAAAAUUGGCUGUGGAGAAAGGAAUCGCUCAGGGCCGUAAUGGGCAAUAUGUUAAGCAGUUGGCUGACUACAUAAUUCCUGCCUUAGUAGAAGCUCUACAUAAGGAGCCUGAUACAGAGAUAUGUGCAAAUAUGUUGGAUGCUCUGAAUGAAUGUGUCCAGAUCGCUGGACUGCUUUUAGACGAGGGUCAGGUUAGAAGCAUCGUUGAAGAGAUAAAACAGGUGCUUACAGCUAGCUCAAGUAGAAAAAGAGAGAGAUCUGAGAGAGCCAAGGCUGAAGAUUUUGAUGCGGAGGAAGGAGAAUUGCUAAAAGAGGAAAACGAGCAAGAAGAAGAAGUGUUUGACCAAGUUGGAGAAAUCUUGGGAACCAUGAUUAAAACAUUUAAGGGCUCCUUCUUGCCUUUCUUUGAAGAAUUGUCAUCAUAUCUGAUGCCGAUGUGGGGUAAGGAUAAGACAGCUGAAGAGAGAAGAAUUGCUAUUUGCAUUUUUGAUGAUGUGGCUGAACAGUGCCGUGAAGAAGCUCUCAAGUAUUAUGAUACAUAUCUUCCUUUCCUCUUAGAAGCAUGCAAUGAUGAAAACGCAGAUGUUCGCCAGGCUGCUGUAUAUGGGCUCGGCGUGUGUGCUGAGUUUGGUGGUUCUGUGUUCAAACCGCUUGUUGGAGAGGCUCUUUCAAGGCUCAAUGUUGUUAUCAGGCAUCCCAAUGCUUCGCAGCCGGAAAAUGUGAUGGCAUAUGAUAAUGCUGUUUCCGCUCUUGGAAAGAUAUGCCAAUUCCAUCGUGACAGCAUUGAUUCAGCUCAGGUAAUUCCUGCCUGGCUGAAUUGCUUGCCAAUUAAAGGUGAUCUUAUUGAAGCAAAAGUUGUUCACGACCAGCUUUGUUCAAUGGUUGAGAGGUCUGAUACGGAUGUUUUGGGCCCCAACAACCAGUAUCUUCCUAAAAUUGUUUCCGUAUUUGCUGAGGUUAUCUGUGCAGGCAAAGAUCUUGCCACAGAGCAAACAGCUAAUCGAAUGAUUAAUUUGUUGAGACAACUACAGCAUACACUGCCUCCAUCGACCCUUGCCUCAACAUGGUCUUCCUUACAGCCUCAGCAACAGCUUGCACUGCAGUCGAUUCUGCCAUCAUAGUGGCUGACAAUGACAAAUGGUCGUAUUUAUCUCAUUCGUAUAUUGUUCCUCAAUUCUUUCAGAUGAGAGAAGUCGCAGCGUUCAUCUGCAAAUGGUUUGUGCAUCAACCUGAUUUUGGUUGUUUGGCUGAGCUUGGAUGCGUUUUGCUAGCGUCUUGUAUAAUGUGUAUAAAGCAGUUGUCGAUCGCCCUCAAAAAGAGCGAAAAGAAAAAUGAGUUUCGUCGUCUUUCUUCUUUCUGGGGGAAUGAUGGGGUUUCCCCAGACCAAAGCGGUCCGUUGUGGUUCGUGAGAUUUUUGUUUGGUUCGAUUGUUCAAUUGGGGUUUUGUCGGAUAGGGCGAAAUCUGUCGCAGUUUUGGUCUCAUCAUGUUGUUUUUAAGACAUAUCGUUUUAGUCCAAUGAUUUGGAUCAUACAUGGUUUAUUUGCUUUGUUAUAUUCUUUUAUCAAAAAAUGUCUGAAAUCAGAUUUGCGAUUGAA